ACUUGUACGUAAAGAAAAUAUGGCAUUUGUAAAAACACUAUAAGUAAGCUAGAUUUUCUAGCGUUUCUAUUAGAAAAUAAAUGGAUAGUGUCAUUUUAACAUUCAGUACUAAACUAAUGUUUUAGCUUUUGCUUUUAUAUUGUGGUGAUACGAAAAUAUUUUUUCAUUAUUUGAUAACUGUUCUUGAAAGUUUUAAAACAAUAAAUAGACACACUUAAUUUCUUAUUUUAACACGUUAUAGCGUUUAAUACUAUUAUUUGAAAAUCAUAAAAAAUAAUUUUAUACACAAAAAAUGUUCGACUCUAAAAUAAAUACUCAAGAUGAUUUUAACUUAGACAUAUUUGAAACUACGGAUUACAAAUUAUACAAAGAUGGUAUGAAGUUAAUCGGUUUGUGGCCUUUCGAAAGUUCGACGAAAAAAAACAUAAAAAGAGCUUUUGUAUUAAUCAGCAUGAUUUCAGUAUUAAUAUUCAUACAAAUCCGAUUUGUAGAAGAGCUUAAUCAAAAUAUCGACAUAGCCUUACAAAGUGCUGGAACCGAAAUUUUGAGUAUAGGUUGCAUAGCUAAAUUUGUUACUACCUUAAGAGCGGAAGACAGCUUCCGAGUAUUAUUUAUUCAAAUAGCGAAACAGUGGGCUAGUAUUACUGAUGAAACAGAGUGUAAAAUACUCGCUGAUAAUGUCAAACUCUGCCAUCCAUUAUGUACUUUUUAUCGAGUUAUGGCUGCUUUUGUUCUUUCAUCUUAUGCUUGUUUGCCAAGCUUUGGGCCAGUUAUUAUGAACAUCUUAUUACCACUGAACGAGACUCGUCAAAAGCGUAUACCUGCUCCUGCUGAAUACUUCGUAGACGAGGAAAAAUAUUUUUAUAUAUUAUUCUCACAUGGCAUGAUACUGUACAUGUUAGUUUCUCUGCUUUACGUAACUAUUGAUAGUAUGUAUUCAUGUAUUGUGCAUCACACCGUGGGACUUGUCGGAAUUGUAACAUACCGCCUGCAAAAUAUAAUUGAUCUUAACAUUACAUCAUCUCCAAAAAAUCAUACAAACAACUUAGAAAUUAGAAGACGAUUAAGAAGAGCCAUUACUUUACAUAAAGAAUCCAUAGAGUUCGCUGAAAAUAUAGAAGCCACGUACAGUUUAUGUUUUAUAAUUGUCAUUUUCGUGAACUUAUUUUCUAUGGUUUUUACUGCAGCCUGUGGUAUCAGAACUCUGCAUUACAAUAAGGUCGAGUCAUUUCGGUGGUUAAUGUUAUACGGAAGUAUAAUCUUUCAUCUAUUUUUCAAUAGUAAUCCAGGGCAAAACUUAUUCGAUAAAACUAGUGAAAUUAUAAAUACUUUGUACUUUACUGCGUGGUAUGAUUCAGGCAUAUCGACAAGCAAUAAAAGGAUUAUUCAAAUUACGAUGAUAAGAUGCUUACGGCCUUGUCAACUGACUGCCGGCGGUUUACUGGUAUUAAAUAUGUUUAAUUUCGGAGUGAUUGUAAAAACUUCAUUUUCCUACAUAACAAUGCUGCUUUCUGUAGGCUAAUAUAAAAGGUAGAAAAGCUAAGAUAAGGACAGUCUUACUUUAAUGUUAGCAGUAUUUUGAGUUAGAAGGUACUCCGAAACUGAUUGCUAAAUUUGUUAAAUGUAUAUAUUUUCAUAAAAAUAAAAAAUAACUUGAAAAGUA